UAUAAAUACUGACGACACUGCGCCAGCUCUUACUCCAUUUUCAAACGCAUCAGCGGGGCUUCAGCGUCAGUGGCCGACUUCUUUCUUUCGGGCUUUUUUUGUCUAAUGGGCAAACUCUUUGUAAAUGCUUUUUAAGAAUCUUAACUCUUGGAAAUCACACACUGGCUUCUCAGCAGGCCCUGGCCUUGAGUCUUAUUUGAAGGGGUUUCAAUUCACUGGUGAACCACCUUGGCUUCUCUGCACCUGAGGAACAGCAGUACUAAAUCCCAGUUCUUUCAUAUUCAAUUUACUGGUGAGUAAUCAAAAGGACCUGUUGUGACCAUGAACACUGCCACUCCCACCGAGUUUGAAUUCCCAUUCCUGGAGGAGGGUUUCACCGCCCGGGAUAUUGUGGAGCAGAAGAUUAAUGAGUCAUCUCUUACGGAUGAAAGGGAUGCCUUCUACGUCUGUGACUUGGGAGAUGUGUUGAAGAAACACCUGCGCUGGGUGAGGGCCCUGCCUCGUAUCACUCCUUACUACGCUGUCAAAUGUAACGACAGCCGGGUAGUCCUUGGGACACUGGCGUCCCUGGGAACUGGCUUUGACUGUGCGAGCAAGACAGAGAUUCAGCUGGUUCAGUCUCUGGGAGUGGAUCCAAGCCGAAUCAUCUACGCCAACCCCUGCAAGCAAGUUUCUCAGAUCAAAUAUGCUUCUGCUCAUGGGGUCCAGAUGAUGACCUUUGAUAGUGAAGUGGAACUCAUGAAAGUUGCCCGUUGUCAUGAAAAUGCCAAGCUGGUGCUACGAAUUGCCACUGAUGACUCAAAGUCCAUCUGUCGCCUGAGUGUGAAGUUUGGGGCCCAACUCAAAUCCUGUCGAGGUCUUUUGGAGCGAGCUAAGGAGCUGGGGCUGGAUGUGGUUGGUGUCAGCUUCCAUGUUGGCAGUGGUUGUACUGAUGCGAAGACCUACAAGCAGGCCAUUGCUGAUGCUCGCUGUGUUUUUCAUAUGGGGGAUGAGCUUGGCUUCAAAAUGGAUCUCUUGGACAUUGGUGGUGGAUUCCCGGGCACAGAUGAUGCUGAACUCAAAUUUGAAGAGAUCACAGCUGUUAUCAACCCUGCCCUGGACAAGUAUUUCCCCGACACUGGUGUCAAGAUCAUUGCUGAGCCAGGGCGCUUUUAUGUAGCUUCUGCAUACACACUGGUUGUCAACAUCAUUGCCAAGAAGGUCAUCAUGGAUGAUGAGUCAGUCUCUGAUGAUGAAGAUGAAGGGACCACUGACAGGACUCUGAUGUACUAUGUCAAUGACGGAGUAUACGGAUCUUUCAACUGUAUACUCUAUGACCAUGCUCAGUGUUUCCCAGUACUGCAUAAGAAGCCAAAGCCAGAUGAAGUCAUGUACCCUUGCAGUAUCUGGGGCCCUACCUGCGAUGGACUGGAUCGCAUUGUUGAGCAGUGUUUCCUGCCUGAUCUGCAGGUGGGCGAUUGGCUGGUCUUUGAAAACAUGGGUGCCUACACCGUAGCUGCCUCCUCCACCUUCAAUGGAUUCCAAAGACCUGACAUUCACUACGUCAUGUCCCGUCCUUCCUGGCAACAUGUGCAGCAGAUUAAUCUCCAGGGAAUGCCAGCUCCUGUGGAAGAGUCUCGCCUGUUGGAAGUGACAGCCUGCUGUGGCCAAGAGAGCAGUUUGGAGAUGCGCACCAAGCCUUGUCAGGCCCGUGUGCUUUAAAUGCCGAGUAAUGUCGCGUCACUAAUUUUCAAUUUGGAGAAUGUUCUCUUUGGGGAGAUUUUUUUCCUUCCUUUUGAUCCCAAUGUAUGAACAUUUAAGGCCAGUUACUUGACAGGAGGAGUGGGGAGUG